AUGAUCUCUCAGAAGGUUGCUCAGCAAUCGCUGCGGCGGCUUGCCGUCCAGCAGCCCUACGCCAUGCGGUGGUCUUUGAUGAACUCUGCCUCUCCUGCCGCUGUUGCUAUGGGAAGGAAUGUACAGAAGAGACACGCUGCUUCCACCACAUCCCAAGCCGACGCCUCCAAGAUCCUCGCCCAACAGCGCUUGAACCGCCCCGUUUCCCCUCACCUCUCCAUCUACCGUCCCCAGAUCACCUGGAUUGGCUCUAGCGCUCACCGUAUCACCGGCAUUGCUCUUUCUGGCUCCUUGUACCUUUUCGCAACCGCAUACCUCGCCGCGCCUCUGUUCGGUUGGCACCUCGAAUCGGCCUCUAUCGCUGCCGCUUUUGGCGCUCUACCCAUUGCUGCCAAGGUUUUCAUCAAGGGUACCGCUGCCUUCCCUUUCGUCUACCACUGCUUGAACGGCGUGCGUCACUUGGUCUGGGAUCUUGGACGUGGAAUUUCCAACCAGCAGGUUAUCAAGUCUGGUUGGACCGUGGUGGGCCUGACUGUGGUUAGCGCGCUCACUCUUGCUUUGCUGUGA